GGGUUCUGUAUCUGGAACAACACAAAGGGUAUGCGAAUUGUGGAUAAUUUGAGAUAGGCUGGUUAAAAAUGCCUGAUUCUAAACUUUUAAGUUUUCGGCUUUGUUUGGUUUUUACAGAAGAUGGAAGAGUCUUCAGAGGAACAAUAAAUGUGGCAACAAGAUUAUCCAUGAUUCAUAGUAAGAGUUUUAAGCCCAGAAUUGGAGAACUGGCCACUGAUUUUACGUCUGAAAGAGACCUUUACUUUGGUAAGUUUGAUCAAUAUUUUGGUGUGAGUAAUAAGUGUCAAUAAAUAAUGCUAGGAGUAGUUGCAAAGGGGUAGCUGCAAAUGCAGUUCUAUUUGUUUACAUUUACAUGCCCUCCAUGGUUUGGUGAAGAGCCUUAUUACACUGUAGAUGGUCUGCUUAAAUGAUGAAGGAAAAGUAAUAUGCUGAGUUGUACUGUUAUUCUUUGAAAAUGUUCGGUUAAGAAAUUUGUUAAUGAAACAAGUCAAACACAUGCUGGUUCAUUGCAAAUAAAUUAUGAGAUCUUUAUUACAUAUAGUCUCUGUAUUCAUGUACUGUUUGAAUCAUUUAUGAUUAACAGCUUGGUAAGACAAUGGGAUCCCAUUGGAGGUGUCAGUAUGUUCUAUAGCUAGUUGGAAAGUUUUGGACCCUCAGUGGAUUGAUGGGGUCUAUAGCUCACCUAGAAAAUUUUAUCCUCUUAAUUUUAAGGAUUAGGUUACAAAAGGAAUUGAUAAGAUAUCCCAUCUGGUACAUUUCAUAAAUCUGUGGUCUCCAGUGAUAAACAGGAUCCCUCAAAGGUUUUUUCUGAAAGUGGGAAGCCAUCUGUAAUUUUAUGCAGGACCUAAACUUGGAUUGGCAGGAUCCCAGAUGCAAUCCCGCCUGGGAUAUGAUUUCCCAGGUGGGAACCAACUGAAAUUUGAGGCAGGAUCCCAAUAGGGAUUGGUGGGAUUCUAGGUUUAAUCCCGCCCGGGAUGUGCUUUCCCAGGUGGGUUGCUAUUAGGAAUUUAAGGUGGGAUCCCAACUUCAAUUGGCGGGAUCCCAUGUGGGAUCCCAUGCGGGAUGUUCCAUAAUCCCAGGUGGGAUCCCAUGCGGGAUGUUCCAUAAUCCCAGGUGGGAUCCCAUGUGGGAUGUUCCAUAAUCCCAGGUGGGAUCCCGUGCGGGAUGUUCCAUAAUCCCAGGUGGGAUCCCGUGCGGGAUGUUCCAUAAUCCCAGGUGGGAUCCCAUGUGGGAUGUUCCAUAAUCCCAGGUGGGAUCCCAUGUGGGAUGUUCCAUAAUCCCAGGUGGGAUCCCAUGUGGGAUGUUCCAUAAUCCCAGGUGGGAUCCCAUGCGGUAUGUUCCAUAAUCCCACCUGGGAUCCCACCUGAAAAAGGCGGGAUCCCACCCGGGACACACCUGGGAUCCCAGGUGGGAUUGGCAGGAUCCCACCUUAUAUUUUUACCUGGGGACCCUCCUUAUGCAUCAGUGAUGGUCAGGAUUCAAAAGAUAUUUGUUGUCAUGGCAGUGAAGUCUUGAUAAGUGUUAUUUGCAUGCACAAUGUGUGCAAGAACAUGAUGCAGAGAAAUUUGCAUCCUCAGAAGUAAUUGUUCUUCCAGGUAUAUUUUAUGACAUUUUCAUUACUUAAUCUUUUUAAACUUUUAUUCAUGUAGAUGUACAUUUUGUCAAGAGUUUCAUCAUUGGGAAUUACGUGUAUGUCUUUUUUCGUGAGGGAACAUUGGAAUGCGCAAGCUGUGGAAAGUAUAAAGUCUCCAGGGUAGCACGUGUAUGUAAGGUAUACUAGAAGCAAAUUUUUUGUUAUUGUAACAUAUCUGUACCAAGUAUCUGUGAAGUAAAAUCUGUCAGUGAGUUUUGAAUAAAUGAAUUGCUGUAGUAUGGCAGCCAAUUAAUUGAAGCAUCCUAGAUAAAUGACAAAUAACAAUGAUUAUAGAUAUAAUGAUAUGACCAGUACUGCCCUGUCCGGGCUUUCAUCAAAAAACAUUUAACAGAGGUGGGUGGCUCAGUGUAUGUUAAAGGCCCUUCAAGAUGCAAGAUGAUGAAAAUGUAAGGAGAAAGAAAUCAAUAGAAAGAGCAGUGGUCCUUAAUGAUAAAGUGGUUAUUUGUGAGUCAUGACCAAGAGCCCAGUAUUUUCCCGUCUGUCCAAACUUCACUGUGUCAUUAAGUUAUAAUGUUUUAUUGAUGUUCUUCAUUAAUAGAAAUUUCUCUUUCUCUUUAUUAGGGUGACUAUGGUGGUCAGUUUAAACUCAGAAAGUUUUUUAUAACGUACCAGAAGGCCAAACUUAUUUGUUCUGAUGGAGGAGAAUAUCCAGUAUAUUUCAACGAAAUUCGUAAGUGACCUUUACUAUUAAAUAUCGCAUAGUAUAUAGAUUUAGCCAAGCCUAAAAGCGGAGCUCGCAUUUUUUUCCCGCAUGUCUCAAGGGUACAAUGCCUUACCCUGGCCAGGACUAGAACCCGGGUUGUCCGACUCGGAGCCCAGUGCACUGAUCACUAGACUACUGGACAAAGCCGUGGCGUUGGUGUGCCCACGAUACAUUUGAUCACGCAUGUUAAAAGUAGCAUCUUGUACAGCCGUACGGUCAUAUGGUCGUACAUCCCAAUUUUUUAGGCUUUAUGGGUUACUACUACUAUUUUGUAUAAUUAUGGGGCUACGCUCUGCGAGUUCCGCUAUUACUAUGUAAUGCUGAGAAGGAAACUUGAUGGUAAGGCAGCUAGGGGAUGAUAUUGAUGUGCCAUUUAGAUUGACCUAACCCAUUGUACCCAGCUAACAUUAGUAAGCAUAUUCUUCAAACUCAUGCAUUUCCUAGGGUGCUGACAAGGAGAAUUAGUUUAACACUCAAGAGCUUCUUUAAGUUGGUGAUCAUCUUUUGUAUUCUCAUAACCUUAAAUUAUGAUUUGGGGGUGAUAUUGUCAGGAUCUUUUAAUUGGUGAUCAUUUCCUUCAUUCUUAUGAUCUCAAUGUAUGAUUUGGGCAUGAUGUUGUCAAGAGAAAUUAGAUGCUAGUCACUCUAAGAGGUUAACAGUUUAACUCCCAUGAGUGACCAAGACAGAAUUUCUCGUUACAAUAUCAAUACAAUGUCAAGCAGACAAGGGAUGAGAAUAAAGAGAAAUAGAAAUUAAGGGAAUAUAAGUUGACCCAAUACCAAAUUCUCCAAACCAACAUCACCAGAACUGUAUGGUAGACAGUAAGGAGAAUUGCUAAUGUGAUUUUGGGAGUGAAAGGGUUGAGGGGUUAACACAGUACAAAAUACGUAUUGACUCAUGAGGAAAUAAUUAAGGUCUUUUCUGUGGUGUAAUACAGCAAAGAAAACUGACUUUGUUAUGUUAUUUCUUCGGCAGAGGAUGUUUGGUGGGAUUCAGAAACCAACCUGUUUCAUGCAAUUUUCACCUCUCAUCCGUAAGUAUUUCAUAAGUUCCGUUCUGCUCUUGAGUAGCUAUUGUUGAAGGAAAUACAAGAAUUAGAUGAGAAAAAGGUACAGAUAAAUUUUUCUUUGGGUGUGGUCUUCUUUAGUAGGGGAUCAUUUCCCUUAUUCGCGUGGCUUCAGUGUGAGAUUCGGGGGUAAUAUUGUGCUGAAAAAUUUAAUACUAAUCACUCCUAUGGGUCAAAGGGUUAUUUUUGUAGGUCAGUAAAGAAUUGCAUGCUUUCCACUUUCCAAAUCCAGAGCUUGCAUCUGGGUGUUAGCAAAUAAUGACACUACCCUCUUCCUACGAAGGAAAAAAACAAUUGAAAAUUACAAAAAACAUUGAAGGAGAUGAAUUACCUAAAUUACUGCGAGCUAGUUUAUUUACUCACUAGUAAUACCCAUUUGAAUUUUCUUUCACGUCUUUCUCCAGCAAUGGCCCGCCAUCAUCAGCAAUAUGUGUGUACAAUUUGACGGAUGUCAAUCAUGUUUUUCACACGAGUCCUCUCAAGAGUAGAGAGGCAGGCAGUGGAAAGUGGGUGACCUUGGAGAACAAAUUUAGAAAGUAUUUUGAGGGGGUAAGUGAUAACACAGGCAACCCACUGUUGAAAAAAGGGGGGGGGAAGUCUUGUUACUUGUAACCCUUUUACUCCCAAAUAACUGAAGACAUGUUCCAAUUGAAGGACAGUGGGUUUCUUGGGAGCCUGUUCUGAUAAUUACAGUACAGAAGGAAGCGUUAAACCGAGCAAGUCCCACCCUCUCUCUUCCGUUUUGCUUUUUCCUUUUACUUACAAGUAAAGAUACUAACACAAGUAACUAAUAAACAAUGUAGUAAAUGUUUAUUUUCUUCAGUGCAAAAUAAACAAGACGUACUUGAUUCCUAAACCCCGUCCAGUCCCAGACGGUUUGAUGGGAACGAAGAACAUGCUUUUUAAAGUGUAUCGAGACCUCUUGCACGAUCCUCUUAUGCGUGAUCCAGUGCUACCCACCAGCCUCGACUCGGUUCAAAACCAAGGGAACAAAGCCUGGUUUGUCAAAGAUGGGAUCAGGUUUGUUCACGAAUGUACCGUGACUCGAUACUCGAGGAUCUUUGUUACCUUUCCAUGCGAAACAUUUUUCUCUUUUUAUUCCAAUUUCGCAAUAUCUAAUGUAGUGGUACCGUAAAGUGCUUUUGAUGUAACAUUAUUACAAGAACUUUAUAGGUAUGAAAUAACUAUUAUUAUCAUUAUUAAUAGCAUUAUUAUCAUUGUCACACUUGCCUGCUGUCACGUUGUCACGCAUGUUGUUAGUUACUGUUAUAAGAACCCCUGGAAAGGAAGGAAAAUAAAUGAAAAAAAAAGCAUAACCCCUAAAAUUUGCGUUUUCUUGUCUGGCAUUGAAUAUAAAUAGUCAACAUUAUCUAUGAAGAAAUUUGUGCGAAGUAUUAUGAGUGCAAGGUAAUUACACUUAGAAUAUCGUAAAGAGAAGUCUACUUACUCCUGUUUAAAAACUCAAUUAAAGUCACUGGUAAGAGAAAAACAAUUUUUUUCCAGAAUAGUUUUUAAAGCUAAAAGAUGAAAAUUGGAUACCAGUGUAUCGUUGAUUAUCGCUACAACUACCUAUGUAAGGAUUAUCGUUCCUUGGAAAAAAUGAGUACCUCAAAUAGUGACUGAACGUGUCCUUAACAGUCGCCGAUUAGUACUCAUAGUAAAGUUCUUUUCUGCGGUAGGAUGACAGCCAUUGUUCUGGACAAAGUUGGUGAACGCACUGUUGUAUACACAUCAACAGGUAAAUUCAACAUACCUGGCACCUGGUAUUGCGAGAAAGAGGUGCACUACUUCUUAAAUCCGGGGUUGUAAGAUACAAUAAAUCGCUUCAUGAUUUGGGUGUGUUCAAACCAAAAAGAAAGUAAUCAUUUCAACCAAUCACGUAACUAAUAAGAACUCAUGGUAAAUACGCACUAACGGUUCCAAGCGCGGGAAAACGCAGGUAAAUAUCUUACAUUUAAUUGGAAAGGGCGAUAGUGAGAGUUCUCUUGGCCAUGCACAUUGUGCUGUGAAGCAUAUCUUAUAUAAUUCUGCUGGGAUAAGUUUAAAACUCUUUUUGAAAUGUCCCCAGAAGUGUUUGAGGAGUGCUUACUUCGAAAAGUUUUCUUGGAGAACUCCGACCGUACUAAACUGUCUCCAGCCUCAUCGGCACAAGUAGCAGAGUGCUAGCUCAAAGAUAAUGAAAUUUAUUUUUGUAGACCGAGGAUCUGUGCUUAAAAUUUCACAAGUUGCUGGCCUUCUUCAGCCCUGCCUUCUCACCGAAAUCGACCUUUUUCCGGUGAGUAUUGUGGCCGUAAAAAUUUCUUAAGGUCGAUCGGUCUUGUCUGAAAAGAACUGUUGUCGGUGGUAGUGGCUGGCGUUUCGAUCAACAACCUGAGCGGAAGUCAUAAUCAGCGUCGAGGUGACUUCCGCCCCCACUGAGAUUGUCAAAUCGUCAGUAGUUGUUACUGGGGGACUGGAAUCAAUUUCUAGAAAAUACUGAAGUGACUUCAAUGUGACUACCUGCAAGUCGAAAUCAAGGUUUGAUGAAUCUGAAAUGGACAAAUUCUUUAUUUGUUUUAGAUCAACAGACAAGAAGUCAUAAAAGCUAUGACGAUUGAUCCAAAACAGGUAAGAUUAUGUCUCAAUUACUAGUAAAUGUGAAUUUCAACUGAGCAGUUAAGGUGUCGUCCUAGAGGUUUGUGAUUGGUUGUUCAUCGUUGUGUUUUAGUCUGUGGUUGGUUAUUCAACGUCGUAUGUUGGUUUUAUUUACAGCGUGUCCUCUACCUCGGCUCAGACACAGCUCUUAAAAAGUUGAGGUUGAAGCAGUGUGGCAAUCACACGGACCGCAGGUGAGUGGUACAGUUCAAACUAAAACAAGAAAAAGGAAUAGGUUUUGGCUCUUUCGGAGAAUUUGAAUUUUUCUCUCUUUCCUGAUGAGUUUCCUCCAUUAGCCAUGGCUUAACUAUGCAAGUACAGUAGUUACCGCUUUAUUUCUGAUACCAUCUUGGUGUUUCAGGUCCUGUUCAUCAGCUAUUGAUCCUCAUUGUACAUGGAUGAAGAAAACAAGGCAUUGUGUUUCAGUUCUAUCCUUAAGGUCAGUAAUAUCAAUUAAAAAAAAAAUUCUAAACAAAUUUUACGAGUGGACUCUGUAAUGAUCCCCAAAUCUUCUCAAAUCUUACCUCGGGUGGAGAACCGUGCGUUCUGCAGAGCUAAGUAAUGAGGACAAGUUCGCAGACUAGCCAAGGGCGCCCUGGCAAUAAGUGCAUCCGAUAUGAUUUUCUAAAAUCCUUGCUUUUUUAUUACUCUUUUCAGAGAGGAAUUGGGAAAAGGCUGGAGUACUUGUCCAAAGAAAAAAGGUCAGUGUCAAUUAAGUGCUCUGUUGAAAGUGAUCAAGUUGUUACUUCCCCCAACAGUAUCAAGAUGUUACCUUGCAACCAGUGGAUGAGAAUAGAAGAAAUGGUCAGUUAUAAAGUCUUGAAUGAUAAGGAACCAAAUUCUCGUACCUAAGUUAUGCAGACAGGUAUUACAGCUAGAAGUGAGAAUUCUGAAUGAGAUCUACAUUUUGAUUAAAAUGUUUCCAAAGAAAUUCCGAUCUUAUGGAGUAUAAGUCUCCAAUCCGGCCACUUUAGGAUUGUCACCCAAUGGAUGUUAAGCAGAUGCCAGUGAAAGUAAAUUUCAGGGCUAAAUUAUCAAACAACAACAACAACAACAAUAACAACAACAACAACAACAGCAACAACAACAAAACAGAUACAAAAUCGUUCUUGCUUAUAUUACCAAUUGAAGGAGUGGCUGUUGCUCUGAUCAAAAAAUGUAAUUUGUUGUGUGUUUUAUCUUUUUAAAGAACUAAUCGCAUGGUCUCCUUGGAAAACUUGUGAAGGCAGUGAUGGAAAUCUUUGUCGAUGUCAAGCUCGUCCCUGCCAGGACAGGCAAAACUCCUCCUGUCAGGGUGGAUACGAAUUACGAUUUGAAAACUGCACAGGUUUGUUAGGGAUUUUCCUUCUCCUUCUACGCGUAUUUUAUAUUUUCCUUUUCUUUUUGGACAUCAUAGUCCCUUUUUGUCUUAAAAUUACCGCUGAACACAGACACUGAUGACUCACUAUAAACUACACCAUUGUAAAUAGUAGCGAGGAGGUGCUAGAAAUGAGUGAUAAACAGGCGAAUUCAUUCAGUUCCGAUGGAGGCUAACUAUUCAACAGUCAUGGUGAACUCUCCCCGGAAACCGGAACUAUUUCUCCAGCAAUUUCUGUAAAAUUGAUGAUCUUUUUACUUCCCAUCGCCAAUUUUAGUUUAUAUAUUUUUUUGUUUUUGUUUCAGUGGACAUAAAUGUCGGAUGGGAAGGGAGAGAAGAAUGGGAGAAGUAUGGUGUGCAACACGGCAACUGGGGUGCAUGGGAUACUUGGACGGAUUGUGAAACAAAGCCAUGGGUUGGGGUAAGAAAGCGGACAAGAAACUGUACUAAUCCAGUCCCCAGGAGGGGAGGGAGACCGUGUGUAGGAGAGGCUGUGCAAUAUGAGUCCUGUAACUUGGGAAAACACGGUAAGAAGUACUGGUAAAUGGUCUUCUGUUACUUUAAAGUUACAGUACUUACUGGUAAAAAAAUAUGAGUCGUUGAGUUAAUAAAAGGUUAUCCUAAAAAGUAAUGUCUAGUUUCAUUGGUCCUCACGGUUUCUCGUAAUGACUCAAAUAAAAAUCUUUGCGUGAGAGGAAACUUUUGUGUCCAAAGAAAUUUUAUAUCGUUUACUUUCCCAGGCGUAAAGAUUAGUUGAUGUUUACCUUAAGCUUGCUACUUUUUAGCAAACUUCGAGGGCAAGAUUUUUGGAAACAUCAAUAGAAACAGCAAAACAACCACAACAACAACAACAAAAAUAAAGAACAUCAACAGAAGAAGGCUUUGUUCCUGUAAAACGCUUAUUUGAGAAAAAGUCGUCCGAAACUCCUUUUUGUGCAUGUGUUUUUUUCUACAAUUUUUCCUCUGUCUUAUUUUUUCGUCGAUUAGAGGUGGAAAAAUGGCUGUUAACAAACCCAACAAGAUCUUUAAACUGAUCAGAAAACAAGGUUGUUCAUUUUGAAGUGAUCUUUAAAACCACUGGAUAUAACAUAUCUAACAUCAGUGUUGAAAUACUCAACAAGACAUUUGAUUGCGAGAAACAAAGAGAUCUUUGUGGAGGUAAGAAGUUUUGUGAAAAGUUUGCUCAAACUUCAUCACGUCAUUACUUCAUUGCAUCAUUAUUCAUCACGUCUUUACUUCAUCUUCUCCACCAAUCAGAUGCUAGUUCAAAAUCAUUCACGAGUUUGUCACCUGCACUCUUCCGUGUCAAGCAUUGCUUCAAACUCUCAUUGGCCUAAUGUGUUAGGGCGUCUCUUUAUUGUUCGCGCUUCUUGUUGCAAAUCGCUCCAUUUUCAGUUUACGCAAUGUUCUGUUGUAACAAAUGAAAAUUUAAAUUACAUCUUCACGAGAUAGCAGGCGGAAAAUUGUGAGAUCCUCUUCUGUGUGAUGGCUGGUCGGGUGUAGUUUACUUGGAGUAAAGAAAAAACACUCUUGCACAUAAUUAACCUUUGUGGAAUGCAUGUGAAGAGUAAAGUUAACUACUAAUGUCUGUUUAAACGCAAGCUAUGUACAUGGUGCAGCUGAUAUUUGAAGAGCUCUCGGGCAAAGUUGUGAUAUUUUUCCUGUGUUAGAGGGAGAAUGGAAAGCUUGGCGCGAUUGGGGUCAGUGUUCUGGGGAAGGAUUUCAAAUAAGAAGAAGAGAUUGUAAAGUGGAGCCUUGAUUUGGGGAAAGGUUCAAUAAAGAAAGAAGCUUAUUGUGAACCAAGUAAUCAACACAGCAACUUGUUGUAAAAAGGGCAGAUGUUGAAAGAUUGACUUUUUGUCACACAGUUUUGGAGACUAUAUUGUUGAUCAAUUUGAUUGAUGAUUUUGCUAAACACAGAUAAAAAUAGCCGUAUAAAUUUUGCCCUUUAUUGACUUUAACCGCUGGAAUUACUCCCGUAACGACAAGGAGUGGUAAACUCCUUCUUGUUCCCCAUCCCAGGCAAUUCGCCUGCAUCCAGUCGUACUCUUGGCUGGAGAGACGCACUGUGAUGAAUGUCUUGCCUGAGAACCUGACACAGUGAAUCGGCCAGGCCUCGAACCUGGACCUCUCGAGGCGGAAUCCAGCGUGCUUGCCAUCAGGCUGAUGCGUGUGGGGUCAGGAGGAGUGUAUUAUAAAACGUUAUAACUGAAAUGAUGGUUCUUUGAUACCUCGCAAAAGCGUGGCUUUUGGAGCAUCUUCCUGCCUGCGCAACGCAUAUCGAAUGUUUCGCGCAAUGUUAAAUGGACGAUAGCGGUGUUAGAUAGUUCCCUAAAAGGCUUUGCAUUCUCGCGGUUGGGUGAGGUCGACACUAAGAACUGGAACGUGUAGUCUGUUUGCGAAUUUAAUCAUGGUUUAAAACUGCCUGACGGAAGUGGUGUCAGGUCCCGGCAACUUAAGUGCCGAAGGAACUGUCCCGACGUACUGGAAUGUCCUAAUACUGUCCAAUACAGAACUUGCAUCUGAGAUGGUCUACACAAAGUUUGCAUCAAAAGCGUGAGACUAAAGGAGUAAACUUUACAGAGAAAUGUUAUUAAGUAAAGUUUUUUGAAGCAGGCCACACGGCUUGUUCCAGACAUUUUACCUAUCUACCGACAGUCAUUUUGUCGUUGUUGUUGUUUUGGUUGUUUUUGCUCUGGGCAAACUCGAUUUGAAUAAAUUUUCGUCACCUUUCGAGUCUUCGUCUUGGCGAGUGAGUGAGAUCAACAGUAGUUGAGAUGUCACGCAACGCCAUUUCUGGAGGGCGAGGGGCGAGUGUUGUGUGACAUCUCAAAAAAUGGCUGUGAGGUAGACUCAAGUUGUUAGUGACUGUGUUAUUUACACCAACUUACAUUUACGUCACAAUAGAAAUGACUCUAACUACAUAUGAGAGAGAAAGAGUCGUGAAUACUAGUAAAACGUUUGGAAUACGCCUGUUGAUUUUUACCCUUGUUCAGAUUGGUCGAUUUUUACCCUUGGUCGGGUUGACCAAAAAACGCUGUAAAUAUUGUGAGUCCGUCACGAAAUGUCGUUUUACGCGUUGAUCACGCUUACAGAAGAGUGAACUGUUAACCAUUUAACUCCCAGUAGUGAGUAACAUGUAACUUCUCCCUAUAAUACCAAUACAUCAUCCAGCAAACAGGUAACGAGAAUACCAAACUUAUCAGGUAGAAGUUCCUAUCUUGAUAUAACACCAAAUUCUCGUUACUAAUUUACAAGGAAAUGGGUAGCAGUUGGAGGGAGAAUUAACAGUCAGUGGAGUUAGCAGCCAGUGUAUCAUUUUCCAACCGUUGGCGUGCAUUUGUGGUGGUAGCUUGAAUAAAGAUAGUUGUGGUAGUUUUGCACAUCUGAAUGUGAUUUUUGAUGCGAAUCGUUUCAAGUGUGAGACAGAUUUAAACUAUAUAUAUAUAUAUAUACAUUUUUGAAUUGCAGCCGUCUCCGGAAGGCGAACUGACACGGUAGCGGUUGCCAUCGGGCUAAUAAUUGGCGUUGUGCUGAUCAUCUUGGUAGUUCCGGGUUAUUGUUACCUCACACGAAAACAGCAGGAACAACCGACAUCAUACGAUGUUCCAAAAACUCCUUCACGUAGUUCUCUAAACAGUGAUUGA